AUGGGCAGCUGGAGACUGCUUCAAGCCCAGCUGCUGCAGCUGCUUCAAGCCCAGCUGCUGCUGCUGAAGCUGCCGGGAGCGAGCGGUUGGCCUCCCGCAACCGUCUUCCCGUGCCCGGGCAGCGUCCUCCUCGUUGGCGAGGCUUCGCACCUCCUGGAGGCGAAGCAGCAGGCCGGCUCGUGGUGCCGCGACCCGCUGCAGGCCACCGACAAGGUGUACGUCAUGCCGUGGACGCCGUUCCGCACCGACAGACUCGUGGAGUACGCCUCCCUCCAGGACAUCCUGGCCAGGCGACCGCUCACCAACUACAAGCUGCCGCACCGCGUCGAUGGCACGGGCUUCGUGGUGUACGACGGAGCUGUGUUCUUCAACAGGGAGCGAACGCGCAGCGUCGUCAAGUUCGACCUGCGCACGCGCGUCAAGGACGGCGAGGCGUUCAUCCCCAACGCCAACUACCACGACACUUCGCCCUACCGCUGGGGCGGCAAGUCCGACAUCGACCUGGCGGCCGACGAGCACGGCCUCUGGGUCGUCUACGCCACGGAGCAGAACCACGGGCGCAUGGUGGUGAGCCGCUUAAAUCCGCGCGCGAUGCGCGUCGAGGCCUCCUUCGAGACGGCCUACGUCAAGCGCUCGGCCUCCGACGCCUUCAUGGCGUGUGGCGUCCUCCACGUCCUGCGCUCGACUUACGAGGACGACGGCGACGGAGGGGCGGACGCCGCGGGAGGAGGAGGAGGAGGAGGAGGAGGGGGAGGAGGGGGGACGAGCGACCGCAUCGACUACGUGUACGACACCGACUCGCGGCGGGACGCUCGCGUCUCCGUCCCGUUCCCCAACCCGUUCCGGUUCAUCACGUCGGUGCAGUACAACGCGCGCGACCGCGCCCUCUACGUGUGGAACAACCACCACGCGCUGCGCUACGUGCUGCGCUUCGGCACGCGGGACCCCGCUGCGGUGCACGAGAUUUCGACGUCGGGGCCUUCCAGCGGAGGCGGCACCGCAAGUCCUCCGCGGAGCCGCGUGGCGACGGUGCCGCCCAUCCCUGCGCAACUGCCGCAGGACACGACCGACGUGAAACCGGGAGACGCGGCGCCCGCUGACGGCGGCGAGGGCGGCACCCGCGACCCCGCAUUCUGUCCCCCCACGCUCGCCCACGCCGUCCAGUGGCCCCAGCUGCCGCCGGGCAAGACGGCGGAGAGGCCCUGUCCUGCGGGUGCCGUCGGCACGGCUCUCUACACCUGCGAUGCCGUCGCUGGAGCCUGGUCUGCCCGAGGGCCCGAUUUGAGCAACUGCACUUCCGCCUGGGUGAACAGAAUCGCGCAAUGGACGUUGGACCACUUGAGCCCCAGCUGCUCCUUCUGGAGCUACUCGUCCCACACCACGAGGGGCAACUGGUCGAGCCACGGCUGCGAGCCGCUGCCCAGCAACAGCAGCAGCGCGCACGCCGCCUGCUCCUGCGGCCACCUCAACAAUUUGGCGGUGCUCGUGGCGAGGGGCCACGUCGAGUACGGGCACCGCGCCCACGAGCUGCUGCUGCUGGUGAUCACGUGGGUGGGCGUGCUGGUGUCCCUCGUGUGCCUCGCCGUGGCCACGUUCACCUUCUGCUUCUUCCGCGGCCUCCAGAGUGACCGCAACACCAUUCACAAAAACUUAUGCCUCAACCUGCUGCUCGCCCAGCUGCUGUUCCUUGUGGGCAUCGACAAGACUCAGUACACGGUGGCGUGCCCCGUGCUGGCGGCGCUGCUGCACCUGCUCUUCCUGGCGGCGUUUGCGUGGAUGUUCCUGGAGGGCGUGCAGCUCUACCUCAUGCUGGUGGAGGUGUUCGAGGGGCGCCGCUCUCGCCGCAAGUACUUCUACCUCCUGGGCUACGGCCUGCCGCUCGCCGUCGUCGGGGUCUGCCUCGCCGUCGACCGCACGGGCUACGGCACCGAGCGAGCCUGUUGGCUCCGGACCGACAAUCAUUUCAUCUGGAGUUUCCUUGCGCCCGUGGCCACCAUCAUCCUCGUGAACUUCGUGUUCCUGCUGAUGACUCUGUACAAGAUGGUGCAGCAUUCGGCGCCACUCAAGCCCGAGAGCAUUAAGUCCUGUGCGCUGGGGGGCGUGGCGCUGCUGUGCCUCCUCGGCCUCACCUGGGUGUUCGGGUUCCUCUUCAUCGACAAGGCCACUCUGGUCAUGGCCUACCUCUUCAUCAUCUUCAACUCCUUCCAGGGCAUGUUCAUCUUCAUCUUCCACUGCGCUCUGCAGAUGAAGGUGUGCAAGGAGUACAGAAAGUGCUUGGGGCACGCCGAGUGCUGCCGAACCUGGGGCAACCACUUCUCUUACGACUCGUGGCUCUCCAGCAGCAAACGCUGCUCUUCCAACGCGCAGUUCUGUGCGACGAGAAGAAGUGUUCAGCUGGCUGCAGCCACACUGGCUAAAGAUGCUAAAUUCAUGAUUGAUUUCCAGCACAGGCAGAGGAUUGACGACCGCCCCCCCGUGUCGAUGUGCCGCCCGCCCACGCCCGCGACCCGCGACCCGCCCGGCACCGGCGCCUCCGUCGGCCUCCCAGCACCGGCGCCCCCCGACGGCCUCCCGGCGCUCCGCCGGGCCCCGGGCGGGUCGCCCCGCGGGCGAGCGGAGGGCCGCGCGGGGGCCGGGGCCUUCUCCGGCGCGAGGGGGGGGGAGAGCGGCCCUGUCACGUUCUACACCGUGACGAUGGUGACGGUGCACGUUCUGCAACUUGCCGUGUUGCUGUGGAGUUUCGUGUCGAGCUGA